UCGCCAGCCUGGAUAUCUGAGCUCAACAAAGUUGUUGAAUUCGACCCUUGCACAUUGAAUAUUAAGGUCGAGCCUAACGUAACGAUGCUUGAUUUGGUAGAGACCACAAUGCAGUUUGGUUUUCUACCAGCAGUUGUUGCUGACUGCAGAGACACGACGGUUGCCAGUGCUUUUGCGGCUCAGUCCAGCGCAUCCUCAUCCUUUGCGUUUGGCACAUUUGAUGACACCGUGGUAGAGAUCGAGAUGAUCUUGCAUGAUCGCGAGAUUGUCUGUGUGCGACCAGACAAGCCGUGGAAUCGAGACCAGUUCUAUGGUAGUGCUUACCCUACCUUCCGUUCUGGGGUGAUAACUAUGUUCGAGAUACGUCUGGUCGUGUCAGGCCCUUGCGUGGAGCUU